AUGAUAUCAACAGGUCUAGUCACUCUUUUGUACUAUGCUUUGAUUAUUAAAUGUUGUGAUUACUAUUCUAGCGUUUAUCUAAUGUCUGUUGUUCUAAUGAUGGCAUACUCCUGCUAUUUUUAUGAAAAAAAGCUCAAGUUAGAAUUCAUUUAGUUCUAUUAGAUAUAAAAAAUGAAUGUAGAUUUGAAAAUGAUAUUCGAUAGUUUGCCCGAAGGCAUCAUUCUCUUUGAUCCAACUAAUAAUAAAGUUUCUCUUGCAAAUUAAGAGUAUAGGAGACUAUUUAACAUUCCAAGUGUUGAAAUCAAUGAGGAACAAGAAGCAACUUCUGAAAAUCGGUACUUAUUAGAAUAGUGCUAUCAAAUUUAAGACAAUAAUAAUACAGCAAUAAAUAACAAUUAGAUUGGGGAUGUAAGCAAAUCAAAUUGCAUGAUUAUGGUUAAAAACUUAACACCAAUUAUAAACUAUGAAAAAGUAAAGUAAGAGAAUCACUUCUAUGAAAUGUUAACAGCAACCGUUUCUCAUGAUAUGAGGACACCCCUGAAUAUAAUGAGUGGGCUACUUGAAAGUCUAGAUGGAUUUGUUUUCAAUCCUACUGGUAUUGGAGCUAAAGAAAAGGGCAUUUAAGUCAUCUACAAUUGCAGUAGAAACUUCCCUUAAUUAUUGCAUGUAGAUGAGUAAAGAAUAAAGCAAGUCUUGCUUAACUUGCUUUAAAAUUCUUUAAAAUUUACAUUCCAGGGAAAUAUUGAGGUAUAAGUAAACUACGAUCAUUAAUUGAUGUAAACUGAAAUAAGUGUGACAGAUACAGGUAUCGGAAUAAAACCUGAGGAUCAUCAUAAGCUAUUUAGUUUGUUUGGAAAAUUAGAUGCUACAGCAUCAAUUAAUACCACUGGUAUAGGUCUUGGUUUAAGUAUUUGUUAAAAAAUUAUUUCAAUGCUAAAUGGAAAAAUCUAAAUUGAUCCAAGCUAUACCUCAGGAUGUAGAAUAUCCUUCACCAUUUAUGCAGAUAUUUAAGAAUAGUCAAGAAAUGAUGCUAUUGCCUCUUCAUAAAUGAUAUUCAUUACUAGAAGUAAUUAUAAUAGCGCUAUUGAUUUCUUGCCAGUAUAAGCAGAUAUAAUGAGAGAGACUUCAUAAUUAACUUUAGAAAUAAAUAAAGAAGGACUUGAAAAAUAUUCAGAUGCUAAUGUGAGUGAUACAUUGAAUGUUACUACUCAAAAUGAUUAUAAAGUAAACAUUCCAAUUUCAGAAGGUAUUAAUUUAAUAUUUCCAAAUGAAAAAAGUUUCUGUACAUGCUAACAAUUGAAGGAUAUUUUAGUAGUAGAUGAUAAUAUAUUUAACUUGAUUACUAUCCAGGCUAUGCUUGAGUUGGAAUUAAAGCAAAAAGUAGAUAGAGCUGCAAAUGGCUUAGAGGCCUUAUAACUUGUUUAAUAAAGAUUUAACCAUCGGCAUUCACGAAUUUGCUCUUACCAACAUACAUAAAACUUAAGCUACAAAUUGAUUUUUAUGGACAGUAAUAUGCCAGUUAUGGAUGGAUUUUAAGCAAGUAUGAGUAUUAGGGAAUUUGAAAGGAUAAAUAGUAUCAACAAAAGUAAAAUCGUAGCCUUAACAGCAUAUUCAACAGAGAUGUUUUCAAAUAAAUGUUUGGAUUCCGGAAUGGAUGAUUUUUUAACGAAACCUAUUAGUAUUUUAACAUUGCGGAAUAUUAUUGAGAAUCUUGAUUAUCCAUUUCAUCAUAAUCCAUGA